CCAGCUCUCCACGACCACCCACCUCCUCACCACCGCAUUCAGUGAAAGGACCGUCCACAUUCCUCACCACUGCCUUCUCGUCGUCUACCAGAAUUACCAAACUACCCAUCAUGGCCUCAGUAUUCGCCGGAGCACCGCCAAACGGUGCACCAGGCUACUCCUUCGCGCAAACACCCACCGCCGCCCCAGCGGGCAUCCGAGAACACAGCUUCUACCCCUACACCGACAACGGAGGCUCCACACUAGGCAUAUCCGGCGCCGACUUCUCCAUCCUCGCCGGCGACACUCGCUCAACAAGUGGCUACAGCAUCAACACGCGCUACGCCCCCAAGCUCUUCAAGAUCGGCGGUGAAGGGCCCGAGAGCAAAGGCGCACGCAUCGUGCUCUCCGUUGUCGGCUUUGCGGCCGACGGCGAAGCCCUCAAGGAACGCCUCGACACCAUCGUCAAGAUGUACAAGUACCAGCACGGCAAGCCGAUGAGCGUAGCCGCGUGUGCGCAGCGCCUGUCCCACAUCCUGUACGGCAAGCGCUUCUUCCCCUACUACGUGACGGCGAUCCUGGGCGGGUUGGAUGAGGAGGGCAAGGGCGCGCUAUACAGCUACGAUCCCGUGGGGAGCUACGAGCGGGAGCAGUGCAGAGCGGCGGGUGCGGCGGCGAGCUUGAUUAUGCCGUUCUUGGAUAAUCAGGUUAACUUCAAGAAUCAGUACAUACCGGGGAGCGGGGAGGGGCAUGCGUUGCAGCAGCGGGUGCCAGAGCCGCUGCCGCGGAAGGAUGUCGAGGAGCUGGUCAAGGAUGCGUUCACGAGUGCGGUAGAGAGACAUAUUGAGGUCGGCGACGGGCUACAGAUGAUGAUUAUCACGAAGGAUGGCAUCGAGGAGAUAUACGAGGAGUUGAAGAAGGACUGAGCUUGCAAAGAGGCUUGGAGUCUGGCUGGGUGAAUAUUUAUUUGGUGCUUGGCGUGAGCGAG